AUGCCUCCCACAACCAGAGCCCAGGCGCACCGGCAGUCCCUCAGCGAUAUCACCACCUCAGAUUACUACGACGAUGAGGACGACGGCGGCGGAUACGGAGACGACGAUGGCGGCUCCAGCAGCUCCGAGCCAGAGUCCGAUUCGGACUCGUCUCUCGUCGACGACGACGACCACUCCGUCAUCCGCUCCCCCUCCAAGCUCGUCUACAAGCUCGACACGCUUUCUCACGACGCCCGUCUGCGCGUCCGCGAGGCCUUCAAGGAUCCUCCCCGCCUCUCGCUGCAGUACUGCCGCCUUAGGGACGACGUCUACGCCUUUCAGAUGACGGAGCUCGUGCCCCGUUCCAUCCGCAUAGGAUCCCCCGACAGCCCCUUCGCGACGCCACGUUGCUCGUGCCGGGAACAGCAGCAAACGGCCGGCCCGCCCUGCAAGCACCUCCUCUGGCUCCUGGAUCAGCUCGUCAAGCAGACGCUCUACGAUCACGACCCGGCGUCCCCCCUGACCAUGACCGCGGACGGCUACCCAGAGGAGAUUGGCGACCCCUUUUCAGACAUAUCGGCCUUCCACCUUGACGUCCUGGCUGACGGCCUACGCUGUGACGUCGUCACCCCAGACUCGGAAGAGGACUCUGGAAACACCGAUUCGGACGAGGCAGAAGAAGACGAGAACCAACAACAGCACCCGAACCCUCACCGCGUCGAUGAAGCACGCGAGAUGCUCUCAGCUGUCAUGUCCUCGUCCUCUCCUGAAGACUAUCGCCCAGACCUCUUCUCAAAUCCGCCCUCCACGGGCAAGAAACCAGUCAAGCGCCGCGACCUCGAGGGCACAAUUUUCCGCAUGCUCCUCGCCAACAACGACUUCUUCCACUACUUCCUCUCCCAGAUGCGCUCCACAGACCCCGUCAACGACCCUUUUCGCAAGCUCUCCCAGCGCGUCGACCGCGUUCUGCGCGAACUCGACUCCAACGCCACUGCCACCCCCUCCUCAGAAGGCGGCUCAGCAGAGGGUCCUCGUGACGUAGCCUGGGCCGCACGACACAUCAACGGUGUAAUAGGCCUCGUCCGCACCUCAAUAUUCAAGCGCGAUCGGCCCCUAGAACCCCAGGAGCGAACAAGCGCCGCCCGCACCCUAGUACACAUCCUCGCCGCCGUCGUAGAACGGAACCGCGACUUCGUUUCCUCGACGUCGACGACGAGGCCCGCCGCCAUCGCUCGCCGGGACAAGAACCUCUUCCUCCGCCUCGUCGGGGACCGCGAUGAAGACUUCGUCCUCGGGGUACUGAGUCUCCUCCCGCCCGACGCCGCCGCGCCAUUCCUCCACAGCCUCGAAGACAUCCUGGACCAGCUGGGCGUAAACGGUGCGCCGGCUACCUACGUCGAGAAAUUCCGCUCCCUCAUUGCUCGAUUGAGGAGGUCUGGCGGCAGCGGCUUAGCCAUCACAAGUUCGUCCGGGGCGGGGUCGAAACGCCACGGGCAUAGUCAGAGCCAUGAUCGGGGAUCCAAGAGAAUGAGGUGA